GUUGGUACUACUGAUGGCCACGUAAAUUUGACAAUGAUUGUCAUACAGUUCAUCGUUUUUGAUAUGUGAUAUUUUUUAAUCGCUUUUAUUUUAAUUUGUUUUUAGUUUCAGUAGCUAUCGUAUCGCCACGAUACAGAUUUUUUAAAUUGUGAAAAUAACGAAACUUAAAUGAUUUCAUUUCAAUGGCGGAGCAAAGAGUAGAAAAUGGAAAUACAUCGGCUAAUAGAAGUCCAUACCCUCUCAAUGGUAUAAACUCAUUAGAGUCGUCGAGGAACACUUCCCCGUUGACCAAAACUGGACAUAUGGCCCCUCCAUUUAAAACUAUUCCCCAGUCCCAGUUGCCUCCCUCGAUAUCAGAUAUUACUCAAAAGGUGGGCCAGUUUAAUAUGCUUGACCAGCCCACAAAGUCAGAUGCCAAACUCAGUACAUUUAACUCGUAUCCCGCAAGUUCAAUAGAGGAAAUUAGUAAAUAUGGUCCCACAGUUACAAAUGUGCCAUUAGUUAAUAGUGCCAGUGUUUUAACAAGUAAACCAGGAACUAGCACUCCCAGUGUACAAAUGUAUAAUAGUCAACAAACUGCGCCUGUGCUUCAAAUGAAUCAGCCUCGAUUAGAGUAUAGACCAAAUGUAAAUUUGCCCACUAAUGGAUCACAUCAGCCACAGGUCAACCAGCCACGAUUUGGCAUGGUGCCUCCUCCAUCCCAGACCAGCAUGCCGCGGGCGGUAAACUACCAGUCCUAUCCAAGAAUAUCCCAAUCACAAAAUUACCCUAGACCUUUAAACCCUACCAGCUAUACCACUGUUCCAUCUUCAAUGCAACAACCUCCAUUUGUUCAACAACCAAUGCCACAAACUCAGUUUACCCAACCUCCAUUGCAACAAUCUCAGUUUGUACAACCUCCUAUGCAGCAAACACAGUUUGCUCAACCCUCAAUGCAACAACAACAAUUUGGCCAGCCUGUAACACAACAAUCUCGAUAUGGUAUGCAACAACCUCAGUACCCACAGACGGGGAUAAUAAAUUCGGGUUUUAAUAAAUUGUGGGGAUCAGAUUCCAUUGACCUGCUCCAGACCCCAAAUAUAUUGCCUCCCACCAAAGUAAAAGCUCCUGUUAUAAACCUGGGCCAGCAGGGACUGGGUGAAGUGAAUUGCCACCCGGACAUUUUCCGCUGUACCAUGACAAAAAUACCAGAAUCGAAUAGCUUGCUGCAGAAAUCGAGACUGCCUUUGGGGGUGCUGAUCCAUCCAUUCAAAGAUUUAAAUUAUCUGCCUGUGAUUCAGUGUAAUGUAAUUGUCAGAUGUCGAUCAUGCCGGACUUACAUAAAUCCCUUUGUGACGUUUGUGGACUCAAAGCGGUGGAAGUGCAAUCUGUGUUACAGAGUCAAUGAAUUGCCUGAGGAAUUCCAAUACGACCCGAUCAGUAAAACUUACGGGGAUCCAUCCCGAAGGCCGGAGAUUAAGAGCAGCACUUUAGAGUAUAUUGCUCCAGCUGAGUACAUGUUACGGCCUCCCCAACCAGCUGUUUAUUUAUUUUUACUGGAUAUUUCAAGAUUGGCAGUGCAAAACGGCUAUUUAGAUACUUUCUGCUCAGUACUAACAGAAGAACUUGCUAAUGUGCCGGGAGACUCUCGAACUCAAGUGGGUUUUCUCGCCUAUGAUUCCUCGCUGCAUUAUUUCUCUUUGGGAGAAGGUUUAAGUCAGCCCCAUGAGAUGGUUGUUUUAGAUAUAGAUGAUAUUUUCUUGCCUGCGCCGGACGGUCUACUAGUAAACCUGAAAGAUCGCAUGGAGCUUAUAGAUGAAUUGCUUAGUCAGUUGCCAGGGAAAUACAAAAACACAUACUGCGAUAAUUCCGCUUUAGGAUCCGCCUUGCAGGUGGCUUACAAGCUGAUGGCCAACACAGGUGGCCGGGUGACAGUUUUCCAAGCUUCACUCCCAAACGUUGGUCCUGGAGCUCUCACAUCACGGGAAAAUCCAAACGAUAGACACACUGCUGAAGCGACACUAUUAAAUCCUGCUAAUGACUUUUACAAACGACUCGCCCUGGAGUGUAGUAGCCAGCAAAUUGCAGUCGAUUUGUUCAUUGUCAAUUCCCAAUAUGUAGAUUUGGCAACAAUUUCUGGUAUAAGCAAAUUUAGUGGCGGUUGUGUGUAUCAUUUUCCCUUAUAUAAAAUAACAAAACCCCUAGCAGUGGAUGGAUUUCAAAAGUGCUUAAGACGAUAUUUGACUAGAAAAAUUGGUUUUGAAGCAGUGAUGCGCGUUAGAUGUACCAGGGGUUUAUCUAUUCAUUCCUUCCAUGGUAAUUUCUUUGUAAGAUCGACAGACCUGCUAUCUUUGCCAAAUAUCAAUCCUGAUGCAGCAUUUGGUAUGCAAGUCGCUAUAGAAGAAAGCCUUUCGGAUGUGCAGACUGUAUGCUUUCAAGCUGCACUAUUGUAUACAUCGAGCAAAGGAGAGAGAAGAAUUCGGGUGCACACAUUAUGUGUACCUGUUACAUCAACUCUCCAAGAUAUCAUCCAUUCUGCCGAUCAGCAGUGUAUAGUAGGGCUGUUAACCAAAUUGGCAGUAGAUAGGUCUACACAAUCAUCUUUAUCUGAUGCGAAGGAAGCUUUUAUUAAUGCCGCUGUAGAUAUAAUAAGCAGUUACACAUCACUAAAUGCCAGCACUAAAUCGCCUGGAUUGUUUUUACCAGAUUGCCUGAAGUUGCUUCCGCUGUAUGUGUCAGCAAUUUUGAAAUAUAUAGCGUUUCGAACUGGUACUUCAACUAGGUUAGACGACAGAGUUAAGGCAAUGAUUGACAUGAAAACCAAGCCACUCUAUCUGCUCAUACAACAGAUAUACCCAGACCUGUACCCAAUACAUAACCUAGAGGAGCAAGAGAUUGUCAGCGACUUUGAGUCUGAAACAGUGCCUCAGCCUCCCAGACUUCAGCUUACGGCACGUUGUUUGGAAAGCAGAGGAGCAUUUCUGAUGGACUGCGGCGACCACAUGAUGAUUUUUGUAGGUGCCAGUGUGUCCAAAGCUUUUCUGAGUAAUGUAUUUGGAGUGUCGGAAUAUUCUUUGAUUCCGGAUGAAGUGUAUGAAGUGCCCGCGCUCGAUAACCUAGAUAACCAAAGAUUGCAUAAAUUCAUCGAUUUUCUUAAUGAUGUCAAACCGCAUGCUGCCACCUUACAAGUGAUAAAAGACACUAGUCCAGUUAAAGCAGAUUUCAUUGAGAAACUGGUGGAGGAUAGAAUGGAGAACUCAUUAUCUUAUCACGAGUUCUUACAGCACCUUAGGACGCAGAUAAAAUAAUAGAAAGUGAUUUACGAACAUUUAAUAAUGCAAAUUGGUGCCCCUUGUAAAAUACUAUAAGAUAGGUUAGGUGAUUUUUUUUUCUGUUUAUAGAUACCA